GUAAUCUAGUUGUAAUCUUUAUUGGCGGGACAGUAGUAUUUCCAUAUUAGAUAUGUUUAAGUGCUAAAGCACGCAUCCAAGAUUCUUUUUUGUAACCGAUCGACAUGACAACAAGAUGCCAGUGACAAAAUUCCACCCUUACCAUGGACAAAACAUUCGUCUUCUCAAUGACAACAUGGUGGCCUUUAGAGAGACUAGUUUUGCACAUGCCCUGACCUUCAGUGAGAAGGCAUUGAAACCUGGAGAAAUAUUUCUUGUUGAGAUAGAAAAGAAUGAGUUAGGAUGGAGUGGACAUAUGAGAAUAGGUCUAACACAGUUUGAUCCAAGCUGCAAAUUUGAACUUCCACAAUAUGCAUUACCAGAUCUUCAAAACAUGGGGAAAUCUUGGAUUUUUGCAGUGACAAAGUCACACAAUAAAGUGGUAUACUCAGAGGCUGGUGACUCGGACAGUAUAGAUAGGGAGAUUCAUCAGUCAGUGCUAGGAGACACAGAGGUGAUACACACACCCCAGGGCUCCUUCAGCAGAAGUUUACUACUACCCAUACGGAAACUUUUAUCCAAUAAUUAUGACACUUCUGUUAGUACCUCCUCAUCAGAAAGUGCCCUUCCAACAGACAUUGGUAGCAGGAUUGGGAUCAUGUAUCGUGUGGUGGGGGACACAGCAGAAAUGAGGUUUAUCAUCAAUGGUGAAGAUCAGGGACCUUGUGCGAGAAAUAUUCCCCACCAAGGGGGACCACUCUAUGCAGUGGUAGAUGUGUAUGGUACCACAAAACAAGUGAGGAUAAUCCAACUGUAUUGUGUGUCCUCGCUUCAGAAUGCAUGUAGAGACAGAAUACUUCAGUUGACAAAGGAGGAAGAUGUUACCUGCCUACCAUUGCCAAUGAAACUGAAACAAUUUCUGCGAUAUGAACUAUAGCACCAUACUUACAAUAGCUUAAAUGUUAUACUCUGUAUCAGAUUGUUGUGUGAUAUUCAAAAUUGAUUUAUAUUUAUGUACGAUAUACAUGUACAGCAUUGCGAUAAAUUGCCUUGAAUUUCGAUAGUCCUAGUGUAAGAUAACAAUAUCUUGAAGACAUAAUGACAUACUAUAGAAAGUUAUACUGUAGGGGUAUAUGAACAGUUUUAUGUUUUGUUUUGAUAAUUUUAAUUCUUUUUGUUUCUACGAUUAACACAACAAAUGACUUACAAAGCCAAUGAUUCUAUUUGAUGUGCUGUUUUUUGUCUUGCCAUAAGAGGAAUCAUGACUGUUAUAAAGUGUUAUUUUUUGUUGGUACACUUCCCCUUGCCACAUUGCUUUUAGAACUUGGGUUAAACAGAUUUUCUCAGAAAGUAUAAUUUCUAGAGCUAACUUAUUUGGACAAGAUGGAAAGACUUAUAGCAGACUCAGAUCUUUUUGAUAAGGAAUAAAAUUGAAAUUUACUUUAUAUUGGAUCAUCGAGUCACUGUCCAUUUGAAAUUGGAUGGAGAUAUAGCUUUGUAUAAAUGGUUUUUUGAGGGUGAAAAAUAUGAUAUUUUGGUUGAUUUCAAGAGUUUGCAGACACUCCUAUAGAUAUCAAAUUGAUAAAAAAAAUACUGCACAUGACUUCAGUAAAUCAUGUUUUUUUCUAUUAUAAGUUCAUUUCAGAUUUUUCAGAUUCAGAAUUUUUAAUAAGUACCUUGUUUAUUCAACCAGAAAUUUUUGAGUGAAAUUUGGUUGUUUGAGAUCUUACAUCAUGAUUUAGAAUCAGUACACAAGAUCCAUAUGUUGAGAACUGGUAAAAUUUUUAAAAUUUAAGAAGUUAAGAAAGACAAUAACAAUAGUUUUCUCAUCAACAUCUAGUUUUGUACUCUGAUAAAAAAAUUUUGAUAGAAACAGGACCUUGGCUCAUUUUCCUUCUGAAAUUUCAAUGUUUUGAAAAAUCAAUAAUGUUUUGUAGAGUUACAUCAGGAAUGUCAUGACUAAUACCUUCUCAUAAAUUUUGUUAUUUAUUUUUUGUUUUAUAAUAUAUAUAUGUUUACUAACAUUUUUAUCUUUGUACUAUUGUUUAUGGGAAACAUGUCAGAAUUGACUGCUUUAAUUUUUUACUUAUU